GUUAGUAUUGUAAAACUUUAUUAAUUUUGGGUGAAAUUAUACAACUACAUUAAAUAAGACUAAAAGUUAAAUGUAGUGGAUAAUAUAAAAUAAGAAAUACCGAAAAUACCUUUCAAGUUGGUGAAAGUUUAACUUUUAUGUUUAUUUUUACUUUUAUUUGUCAGUAUAAAUCCACCUUUUGUUAAUUUAUUUGCUAUUAUAUGGAAGUGCAUUUAAGACAAUAAAAAAAAUGUAGGGGCAACAUACGUGUGUGCAGUGCAGCAAAAAAUACAGUAACAUUAGCAAUCUAAGAAAGCAUGUCAUCAAGUUUCAUCCUAAUAAUCAUGAUUAUCUACCUUCCCUGGAAAUUCGACAAAAUAAACAUUAUAAUUUUGCUUGUGACUAGUGUAAAAAACAUUUUACGCAUUUAAGAAAUUUAAAAUUCCACAUCAGAACACAUAGAAGCUCAAAUAACACUUCAGCUCCAGAUAUUACACACCCCAAUAUCUCGACCACUACCAAUGCAAAUCAGUGUGCUUUGUGCAGUGACUUUUGUGCUGAUAGGAAGACCGUUAUAGAACAUUAUAGAGACUUUCAUAACAUUCCUAUUGAACAUAAAAAAUUUACGUUUCAAAGUGAGGAAGAAUUUAUUACUUGGAAGCUUACCUUUGAAAAUGUCACAAACUGUAAAUAUGUGGUUAACUAUCAGAAAUGUUUUAAAUCACAUGUAGCUACAAGUUUUAUUUGCCAUCGUUCAGGAAGAUAUGUUCCAGAAGGCAAAAAUAUUCGGCACUUUAAGAUACUAGGAAGUAAGAAAAUAAAUGCACUCUGCCCAGCAAGCAUAAAAAUAAAAAAGCUUAAUAAUGGCACUUGUGAAGUGACCAUUAUGGACAAACAUGUGGGACAUCAGAAUGACAUCGGCCACUUGAAUUUGUCUAAAACAGAAAGAGAGAAUUUAGCAGUAAAAAUUUCUUCUAAAGUCCCAUUUGAAGAUAUUUUAGACGAAAUUAGAGAUUCAAUCACUGACUUAGAACUAAAACGUCUGCAUCUGCUCACAAAGAAAGAUCUAUAUAACAUAGAAGCCUGUUUCAAUUUGUGCUCCUCAUCAGUUAGACAUAAAAACGACAUAAUAAGUGUAGAGUCCUGGAUCAAUGAUAUGCAAAGUAAUGGAGAUGCAGUUCUGUUUUAUAAGCCCCAAGGUUCUGAAAGUGAAGAAUGGCCAAUGUUUAAAAAAUGAGGAGUUUGUUUUGAUUAUCAUGACUGCUGCACAAUGUGAAAUGCUUAAAAUUUAUGGGACCGAUUGCAUCUGUAUAGAUGGAACUCAUGGGAUGAAUAACUACGACUUCGAACUUAUAACUCUCCUUGUUGUUGAUGAUAUUCGUCAGGGAUUUCCUUGCAGUUUUCUUGUGUCAAAUAGGUCUGAUAAACAAGUUUUAAAAAUAUUUUUUCACUUUGUAAAAUCUCGUCUUGGUACUGCACUUUGCCCAAAUGUCUUCAUGUUAGAUAUGGCAGAAGCUUUCUUCAAUGCAUGGAUUGAAAUAAUGUCUCCACCAAAAUUCAGAUUAUACUGUUCAUGGCACGUUGACCAGGCGUGGCGUAAGAAUUUAUCAAAAAUCAACACCAAAGAAAAGCAAGCUUUUAUUUAUAAGAAUUUAAAAGCUGUCUUAGAAGAAAGGGAUGUCACAACUUUUAAUAUUUUAAUUAACAAGUUAUAUACUAUGUUACUUGAAGACCCUGAUACAAUGGAAUUUGCCAACUAUUUUAAUAAGUAUUACAUGUGCUGUGUAGAAUGUUGGGCACACUGCCACCGACUUGGUGCGGGUUUAAAUACAAACAUGCACUUAGAACGUAUGCACAAAAUACUAAAAUAUACUUAUUUAAAAGGGAAGAAAGUCAAGCGAUUGGGUAAGGCAAUCAACGCAAUAAUGCGAUUUGUAAGAGACAAAUGCAUUGACAGGUUAAUAGUUCUUAACAAGGGGAAGCUGAGCAGUAAGCUGCAAAUAAUUCGGUCCAGGCACAAACAAAGUUUAAAAUUGAGGGAAGAUUUAGUAGUCGAGUGUGAAAAUGGAUGGAACAUUGCCUCAGAAACAACAGAUUGUAAAUGCCAACUACUGUGCAAUGAAUGUAAAACUUGCAUCCAUCAGUUUUGCUGUUCUUGUCUUGACUCGUCAGUUAAAUACAACAUGUGCAAACAUAUUCAUCUUUUGAUCAGAUAUAUUUUUCAAUGUGUAACUGACUCACUGGAGCAUCCUCAAGAACUUGGUAAGUAAUUUUGAUGAUUAUUUUCCAUGAAUUUAUUAAUAAUAUUUUAUACGAUAUAAACAUGAUUUUUUUUUGUAUAGCAUUAUGCUUCAUAUCCUUAAAUGACGACAAUUAGGAAAAAAAUAGGUAUACAUUUUAAAUCAAAAAACAUAGGUAAUGGUCUUUAAAUGUGUGUGGCUUACUAUUAAUAAUGAAAGUAAUAUUUGUAUUAUUUUAAUUGGGUUUCUAUUGGAUUAGGUAGUUGGGAUAUACCUAUUAUUAUUUUGACUAGGGGCUCAGUUUUUUAGCUAUAAAUGCAAGAAUAAAUUUAGUUUGACCUUGUUUUAAUGUAUCAGUAGAUAAAGAUGUCGGCGAGAGUAAUCUAAUCAUAGUGGAAGAGACAAUGAAAGAGGAACUGCAUACAUUGGAAGCAAAAGCGCAUUUAACGGAACGGUCAACAAGCACAAAGUUAAAAACUACAUCCUUUGAAUCUAAAAAACGAAGGGUAGCAAGUUUAUUGGAAGAACUGCAACACGUUGUUUCUUUUACUACAUCAGAUGAAAAUGAAGAGCUUGAUGCUAUAGAAAAAGCACUAGUUCCAAUCAAGCAUACGUUAAGAGCCCUGAAAAACAGCAAAUGCAUUCCAAGAGCUAAAAACAAAAAACCACAGUAACCACACAACAAAAAUAUCAGGAAGCAACGAUUUUUCUCAACACGAAAAAAGCCUAAGCCCAAAAAUAGAAAAGUAAGACUUGAGACAGCUUCAAAUGAAACAGCGCUACACUUAAUUUCUCUUUAAUAAAGCAGGUAAGAUUUUUUUAAAUAAAAAUCUGUAAUAUUUUUUGUUAUACGGGUGUUUUCCA